UUUUUUAUAUAAUCCGAAUUAUUCCUUUUUAUUUUUUUAUUUAUAUGUAUUAAUUUAUUUGUUCUAUUUAACGUUAUCGACGAUGGAUAGUCCCGACAGUAUUCCGCUAUGGACUCCGGCGGCGUCUUCGGAGCUAAUCUCGCCGGCGCCGGCGAUUACCCACUCCGACAGCGUCGCCUCCGAUGCGGCGAGUUUGGGCUUCCCAUUCGGCGGCGGCGUCGGCCAUCGGGAGCCGUCCGAUGUGGCGUCCUUCCGAUCAGCGGCAUCGAUGAGAUUUGAGCCGCCGUCGCUGUCUGGAGGAGGGGGCGGCGGAAUAUAUCUGACGUGGCAGGAUUUGUGGGUGACGGCGGCGGCGGCGGCGGCGGAGGGACGGCGGGCGAUUCUUCAGGGGUUGACCGGAUACGCGGCGCCGGGGGAGGCCCUCGCCGUCAUGGGGCCGUCGGGGUGUGGAAAGUCAACGCUGCUUGAUGCAUUGGCAGGAAGAUUAGAUUCAAGCACAAGACAACAAGGUGACAUUCUCAUCAAUGGUCUCAAGCAAAAACUUGCAUUUGGCACUUCAGCAUAUGUAACUCAAGAAGAUACUCUUAUGACAACAUUAACGGUAAGAGAAGCCGUCUACUAUUCAGCUCUUCUUCAACUCCCCGACACGAUGUCCAAAUACGAGAAAAAGGAAAGAGCCGAAGCUUCUAUUAUCGAUAUGGGCUUACAAGAUGCCAUCGAUACGAGAAUCGGAGGAUGGAAUGUAAAGGGACUUAGUGGUGGCCAAAAAAGAAGAGUAAGCAUUUGUAUAGAAAUCUUGACGAGACCUAAACUUCUUUUUCUCGACGAGCCCACAAGUGGUUUAGACAGCGCGGCUUCUUACCAUGUCAUGAGCCGCAUAAUGAAACUGACGAAACAAGAUCGAAGAACUCUUGUUGUCUCCAUCCAUCAACCGAGUGCAGAAGUUUUUGAACUUUUUCAUAGCCUUUGUCUUUUAUCGACAGGAAAAAUGAUUUACUUCGGUUCACUUUCAAAUGUAAAUAAGUUUUUUGCUUCAAAUGGAUUCCCGUGUCCAUCGAUGAGGAAUCCAUCUGACCAUUAUUUAAGAACAAUUAAUAAAGAUUUCGACAUGGAUGUAGAGCAAGGGUACAGUGACAUAAUAAGCGCCACUAAAGCUAUCAAUGUUCUUGUUGAGUCAUAUAAAUUGUCCGAUGCGUACCAACAUGUCCAACAACAAGUUCGCCAAAUAUGUUCUAAGAAUGACGGGCCGAUGGGAAAGAGAGAAAGUCACGCCGGUUUCAUCACGCAAUGCCUUGUCCUAACACGAAGAUCUUUCGUGAACAUGUAUCGUGAUUUAGGCUAUUAUUGGCUUCGUCUCGCUAUAAAUAUUGCCUUGUGUUUGUGUGUCGGGACAAUAUUCUUCGACAUAGGCCAUAGUUUUGGAUCAAUUCAGGCAAGGGGUUCUAUGUUAAUGUUCAUUGCAACAUUUUUAACCUUUAUGGCCAUAGGAGGAUUUCCUUCUUUUGUUGAAGAUAUGAAGAUAUUUACAAUAGAACGACUCAACGGCCACUAUGGAGUAGCUGCAUUUGUAUUCGCAAACACAACAUCUUCGAUUCCAUAUCUUUUACUUAACUCAAUAGUCCCCGGAGCCUUAGCUUAUUACCUCACCGGCCUCCAAAAGAGCGCCGAUCAUUUUAUCUACUUUGCGCUUCUACUCUUUGCGUGCAUGAUACUUGUGGAGAGUCUAAUGAUGAUUGUCGCGAGGAUUGUUCCCGACUACCUAAUGGGCAUUAUUACGGGCGCCGGGAUACAAGGUAUCAUGAUGCUCAAUGGUGGUUUUUUUCGUUUGCCUAAGGAUCUCCCGGGCCCUAUAUGGAAGUAUCCUAUUUACUAUAUAUCGUUUCAUAAGUACGCGAAUCAAGGGUUAUAUAAGAACGAGUUUGAAGGAUUAACGUUUCCCAACGAUCAUGGAACAUCUACGAUCGAUGGCGAUGAGAUCUUGAGAAAUGUUUGGCAAGUGGAGAUGGGACACUCGAAAUGGAUCGACCUUGCCAUACUAAUAGGUAUGGUAAUUUUGUAUAGGUUAAUGUUCUUAGGUAUCAAUAAAGGAUUAGAGAUGUUUAAGCCUAUGGUUCAAGCUUUUAUUGGAGGGUCGAACAAAUAAAGUGGUAGUAGUAGUAGUAAUACUAGUUUCGAAGUGUAAUAAAAUUAAUUUUGAAUGAUGUAAUUACAUUGUACGGCGGUGAUUAUUAUGCUGAUACCACAAUAAUAUAU